CCUCCCUCAGUUCAGUAGACAGUAGAGCUUGUUCGGUCGAGCUUCUUGGGUGAUUUCGUGACUGUUAUAAACCGCGAUGCUUCGGAAGUGACAUUUUCAGUGCUAAGUGAACACAAAUCCUUCCAAAAUGUUGGCCGACGGAGAAAUAGUGGGCGACGGAUCAUGGAAUCUCAUGGUUUACGUGACCGAUCUGAACGAGAAACGCACCUUGGUUGUAAAAGGUGACAUGCACAUUGGAGGAGUGAUGCUGAAAUUGACAGAACUCUUCGGUAAGAUUUUCAAGAAAGACUGGUCCGACCACGCCCUCUGGUGGCCAACCCGCAACAAAUGGCUCUCCAAACCCCGUCAGACCCUCGACCAAUGCGGUGUCCACGCCGACGCAUGCCUACACUUCACACCUAUGCACAAACCGUUGAGGAUCCAACUGCCGGACUUGAGAUACCUCGACUGCAAGAUAGACUUCUCUAUUGACACGUUCAGCGCGGUGGUACAACUUUGCAAGAGUCUUGGUAUCCGGCACCCAGAAGAACUAUCCCUCUGUUAUCCACUGGAGCAGUCCCACCUCAAACAGAACUACCAGAACCUGAAAGAGGCGAAGCGACUCCGGCCGUCGGCACCUCCGGAUACGAACACGUUCAUCGCCGCUACCAGAGGAUCGUCUAACAGCUUGGACAGGUCUAACGGGUGUCCGGCCACGCCUCCACCGCCGAGGUCACAGUCGGCUACACCUGUAGCAUCGAACGGCACCCUCAGGCGCUACGGCACCCACAUCUACAGCACACAGAGCGACGGAUCCAGCGACGGUGGCUACUGCGGGACGCCGCCGCGCGCCGCCUCGCUCGACGCCAUUGACGCCCUGGCUGACCUGUCAUUGGCUGACUCGCCUUUAGAGCCCGAUAGUCAGUCAAGAGAGUCGCUGCUGACGCCUAAGACACUCGUGGAACGGGCUAGGAUGAACGUUGGUUGGCUAGACUCCUCUCUCUCCAUCAUGGAGCAGUGCAUACGAGAAUGGGACACCCUGCAGCUCCGGUUCAAGUUCUACUCGUUCUUCGACUUGACUGCGCGUGCACAGGACGCGUCGCGCCUCAACCAGCUGUACCAGCAGGCACGCUGGCAGAUACUGAACCAGGAGGUGCACUGUACCGAGGAGGAGAUGCUGCUAUUCGCCGCAUUACAGCUUCAAAUCGAGCUGCAGACGCUCGCCGGCGGCAGCGUGGACGCCGCCGACGGACACGCCUCCAACGCCGCGCCCGACGACAUCGACGCCGCGCUCAACGAGCUAGAAACUCAGUUAGAAGGCGGCCCGCCCGUCAGACCUGACAUUAUGCAGGUUCCUGAACUCGCUGGACAUCUCAAGUACAUGAGGCCUCGUCGGUUCACCCUGAAGGCGUACAAGCGCGGCUGGGUGUCGUGCCGCGACGGCGUGCUGCGCGUGCACGCGUCGCGCGACGCGGCCGCGCGCGGGGACGCGCCCUCCUACUGCGGCGAGCUCAGGGGGGCCGAGGUGACUCCAGAUGCGCACCCGGCAUCCAAUCGCUACAGCAUCAAACUGGAGGUGCCAUCGGAAGACGCCAUGAAUGAGAUCUGGCUCCGGUGCGAAAACGAGGAGCAGUACGCGGAGUGGGUGGCGGCGUGCCGGCUGGGGGCGCGCGGGCGCUCGCUGGCCGACGCGGGCUUCGCCGCCGAGGCCGCCAACGUGCGCGCUCUCCUCCGCCUGCAGACACCGCGGCCCGCCGCCGCGGCGCAGCACAACGUGCCGCACUUGGAACAACUCCAGCCGGAGAAUUAUGUCGCUCCUAGGGUCUUGAAACGACUCAAAGGGAAGUUCACCCAACGCGUUCUGGAGAGCCACGCGAACGUGAAAGACCUCCCGCUGCUCGAAGCUAAACUCCAGUACAUCAAGACCUGGCAGAACCUGCCCGACUACGGCCAAACCCUGUUCGUGGUCCGUUUCAUGGGGCACAGGAAAGACGAAGUCAUCAGCAUCGCCAAUAACCGCAUCAUGAGGCUCGACCCGAGCACAGGAGACCAUUUGAAGACCUGGCGGUAUAGCACUAUGAAGGCAUGGAACGUAAAUUGGGAGAUAAAGCACAUGAUGGUACAAUUCGAGGAAGGCAACAUCAUCUUUUCGGUUCAGUCGGCGGACUGCAAGGUGGUGCACGAGUUUAUCGGCGGCUACAUAUUCCUCUCCAUGCGCUCCAAGGACGCCAACCAGAACCUUGAUGAGGAACUAUUCCAUAAGCUCACUGGAGGUUGGACGUAAACUGAUUUAUCUUAAAACAUAAAAACUACAGUCAGAUUUUAAUAGGGAAUAUUACGCGAAACUCUGCGUAGGGGGCGCCACUGCCACAAUCUGAGCGUCUAUCGCGAAACAAGAAAAUCGAAAUUUCGUUAACUAACACAUUCAUAUACAUAUCACUUGCAUAUUCGAGCGAUAAAGAGGCAGAUAGCGAAAUUUCGGAUUCGCGUUUCCCGAUAGGUCCUCUGUAAACAAACCGCCUUGAUGCGUUCUUUGUUGUCUCACAAAACUUGUUAAAAACCUGUUAAAUGUACAGUAUGUAUAAGUUACUCUAUGGUUUACUAAAAAGGCUAGUGCUGCACUCUGGUGGCAGAACAUUGCAGUAAUAUCCCCUAUUGAGCAAGGAUUCAUUGAUUAUAUAAGAUGAAAAAAUCCUGUACUGAGUUUGACCGCCGAAACUGAUUGGACUAGUAUUAAAGUACCCUAUUGUUAAACGUCAAGUUUUGGCAACGAGAGCAGAAUAACCGCACGGCAUAAUGUCAAGAAUUAGCCAUACACGCCAUCUAAAUUAGCUGUCAAAUUCAAAGCAAGAAUUUAAGUCCACAUCUAAUACAAUCCAUAAAUCUUUGAUAUUGAGUUAUUUUUUAUUUAAUAGCGAUCCGAAGUGUCCAUCAUUUUCGCGGUUUUAUUUACAUAGUUUCACCUCAAGUCAUAGGCCUAAGGCCCAAGGUCCUACUUAUCAUUAGUUCAAUGGAAUUUAAAUGGAAUUCGAAGUCGCUUUUGCUUUGUUUCAUUAAAUUUUCCAACAACGCCUAAUCAACUCUAUUUCCUACACUAUAGGUACAAAUUGCAGUGGCAAAUUUUGGAUUUUUCAUUUGUAUAGCUGGGCCUUAGGAGGAUAUAUACUGAAACUGUUGGUGGAAAGAAUUAUGUUAAAUGAUAUAGUUUUAAGAAUUUGAAGAAUUGGUGCUCAGUCUCGGCAAAGAUAUGGCGACAUUGUGUGGCAAAGUCCCCAAAUGAUGAUAAUAAUAUAAAAAAUAAGUAGAUAGCACCAAUAUUUAUAACUUUAAACUUCGCUUUUUUAGCAUCUUGACAUAAACGAUCGACAGUUAAUAUUAUUUCUUAUUUAUGUUACUUUUUCGUAUUACAAAUGUGUAUAAGAAUGUAUUUUUGUAGUAAAUGAACUAAUUGAAUCAUAUAUUUAGAUCUUGUUUUUAGUGCUUCCAAUAAAAAUAUAGCUUUCUUGUAAAUGCCAAAUAAUAUUGAAGCAUAUAUUCAUUACAUUACAGUAUGUAAUACAAUUUUAGUUUUAAGUUGAAAUGCGAUGGAUAAGAGCUUUUAAUAGAUGUAAUUUAUAAUUUAUGCAAAUGUUUAAAUGACUUAAUGCCUUUAUACUUUCAUGUCAUGUAUGUAUACUUUAAUAUUUAUAAUGUAAUAAAUAUUCAACAAUGUCUUUCACAAAGUGCCAUUUAACUAAUCAGUAAAAUGUAAUAAAUGUGACGUUUUCAAUCAAAAGGUACCACAUUAUCACUUACCAUAAGGACGAAAAUUGCUUUUAUCUUUAUUCAAAAAACCUGUCAGAACGUCCUUAUGGCAAGUGACAAUGUGGUAAGUAAUACCUUUUGUUUGAAAACGACACAAUUGUCUGAAUGCUGGCCUUACUCUAAUAUUAAGUCAAUCAGUGCCUCAAUAGCCUAUAUGUGUAAUAUUCCAGAUUUUAUUAUAUUUUUCUCUAUGUCAGAUAUUUGUGACAACGCCAAUAGUAUAAAAAACCCAUUGUAGUUAAAUAGUUGACCGCUUGAACGCAAGAACAGCUAAAGGUGUCGUAACUAGCCGUGCCCACAGCGCCAUGAAAACUUAUGGCGUACGCUGUCCAGAGUAGCCUUCACACUUUCAAGUAAGGUUUACAUUAGCUCGCUGGCGCCCGUGACGUUGGCAUGUGAGUGACGUUUAUGUUUAUGUCGUAAAGCGUUCAAAGGGUUAGCAGUGCCUAAAUUUAUAAACAAUUUGCUUAUUAAAACCAAUUUUGAAAUGUAUUUUAAUUAACCAGGUCUGGUACUAAUGUGGCCUUAACUUUUUGAAAUUAUUCAUAUAUAUUGUAUGAUUUACCUGUUGUAAAUACCGAUAGCAAGUUACCUUGCAUUGUUUUGGUAUGUUAGUUUUUAAUUUAAUGUUGUGUUGUGGCUAGUUCUACUAAAUUCUUGACCCGUUUUUACACAGUAACCCCGUUUACUGUAAUAGUACAUUACGAUACAAGUGCGAAAAAUAGGAAAUUCGCAACGAGUGGCGAUAAAUUAAAACACAACUGAAGGGAGUGUUUUAAAUCGAGUUGUGAACUAUCUAUUCGCACAUGUAUCGUACAACGUUUUACAGUACAUAUGGCAUGGCCCUUUAAAUCUUCGACAUAGUUACGUAAUGUGCUAAUUAUCGCACUAGUGCGGUAAAGUAGCACCAUAUGUACUGUAAAAUAUUUUUGGUAAAGGUACUUUAGUGGAACUAGUCUCUAUUUUUAUCGUUGACUAAUGAAUUGUUCUUAUUGCAAAAUUAUCCAACCCGCAUCAGAUCUGUGAGAAAGGCAAUAUAGGAAAAAUGCACUUUGAAUGAUCUUUUUGAGCAUAUAAUGCUUUUAGUUUUGUAUGUUCUAGUGUACAAAUGGUGACAAAUAACGAUAGUUAUUUUAUUAGAAUAAUUUGUACAAAAAUUGUAUGUACACUUUAAUAAAUAAUACCGUUUAUAAUAUUACUGAAACAUUAAAUAAAUGUAAGAAAUUAAGUAACAAA